CAAGAACUACUCAACUUCUUCCCCCAAUCGAGAUUCAUUUUAAUCCAGAAGCCUUCUAGGUUAUCCAAGUGGCUAAAUACACGCUACAUUCAACCUGUACUCACUUUGAAUUAUCUUCUAACUUUGGUCGAUACCGAGAUACACCUUAGAAGAUGAUGUCUUUCAUGGGCCACCAACCUCAGAGCGACGCCGUUGGCUACUCCUUCUCUCAUCCAAAAAACGCCCCAAACAAAGAACACUCGUUUUACCCGUACACUGACAACGGCGGCUCCACUUUGGGUAUCACAGGUGCUGACUUUGCUAUCCUUGCUGGAGACACUCGUUCGGUGGCAGGGUAUAACAUCAACUCUCGCUAUGCUCCUAAGGUUUUCAAAAUUGGCGGUGAUGAUGAUACUGGCGAGGGUGCCCAUAUUAUAUUGUCAGUUGUGGGCUUCGCUGCGGAUGGCCAAGCUCUGAAAGAAAGAUUAGACACAGUGGUAAAGAUGUACAAGUAUCAACACGGGAAGCCCAUGUCUGUCAGAGCAUGCGCUCAGCGAUUGUCGACCAUUCUUUACCAAAAGCGUUUCUUCCCUUACUAUGUGCAUGCUAUUCUGGCCGGUUUGGAUGAAGAGGGCAAAGGAGCGUUGUACAGCUACGAUCCGGUAGGCUCAUACGAAAGAGAGCAGUGCAGAGCAGCCGGAUCCGCUGCCAGUUUGAUCAUGCCGUUCUUGGAUAACCAAGUCAACUUCAAGAACCAAUACAUUCCCGGCAGUGGGGAGGGGCAUGCUCUCGAACCCAAGAAGCCUGAGCCAUUACCCAGGGAGACCGUCGAAAGGCUCGUGCGUGAUGCAUUUACUAGCGCUGUGGAGCGACAUAUCGAAGUUGGAGAUGGGUUGCAAAUGAUGGUUAUUACGACAAAUGGGAUAGAAGAGAUCUACACCCCACUGAAAAAGGACUAGAAGGAGGGUAUACUCGACGUUGUGUCUCAUCAAGUUCAUUCCGAUAUUUCGUUACUCAUGGUAUGAAAGCAUGGAUAGGAUAAUUCUGGUGUAAGCCACUUUUUCUUCAC